UCAUUCGCCGACACCGACAUUUGAUAAUAUAAAAAAUAUUCUGAACUACAAUCCUCAACCACACGCGUUUUUAGGGUUUGACAAAACUUAACGAUUUUACAAUAUUCCAUUAGCGUAACUAUACGCAGACACAUUCAGUCCAAUUGGCUAUUCAUCACUAAACGUGUGAAACCAUGGCCACAAUGUUGAAGACCAGUAAAUUAAUUUGUUACACUUUGCCCAAGAACAAAUCGCCAGCACAUCUGAACCGAUACUUUCAGACAUUACACAAAUACAAUGUUCCCCUGCAGAGAUGCUUAAACGACGUCUUAAAAAGACAGAAUGCCGUCGGUCCGGUUGUGGGUUGUGCUCGAAUGUAUGCGGCACCUUCUGAAAAGAAAGUUUUCCAAAGAGUCAAACCUCAUUGCAACAUAGGCACCAUUGGACAUGUAGAUCACGGCAAAACCACACUCACAGCCGCCAUCACCAAAAUUUUGUCAUCAAAAAAAAUGGCUAAGAUGAAACAAUAUGCUGACAUUGAUAAUGCGCCUGAAGAAAAAGCCCGUGGAAUCACCAUUAAUGUUGCUCAUGUUGAGUACGAAACUGAAGCUAGACAUUAUAGCCACACUGAUUGUCCAGGACAUGCUGAUUACAUUAAGAACAUGAUCACUGGAACUAAUCAAAUGGAUGGAGCUAUUUUAGUAGUAGCUGCAACUGAUGGUGCUAUGCCACAAACCAGAGAACAUUUAUUAUUAGCUAAACAAAUAGGAAUCGGUCAUAUUAUUGUAUUCAUUAAUAAAGUAGAUGCGGCUGAUUCAGAAAUGGUUGAAUUAGUUGAAAUGGAAAUUAGAGAACUACUGACUGAAAUGGGUUUUGAUGGGGAUAAUUUACCAAUUAUUAAAGGUUCAGCACUAUGUGCCCUUGAAGGAAAAGAACCUGAAAUUGGAGCAAAAGCUAUUGAAACUCUACUGAAUGAAGUAGAUAAAUAUGUUCCACAACCAAUUCGAGAUUUAGAUAAACCUUUCAUGUUGCCAGUAGAACAUGUUUACUCUAUUCCAGGACGUGGUACAGUAGUAACUGGCAGAUUGGAACGUGGUGUAAUUAAAAAAGGAAAUGAAUGUGAAUUUGUUGGUUAUAACAAAGUUUUAAAAUCUACAAUUACUGGAAUUGAAAUGUUUCACAAAAUCCUUGAAGAGGCUCAAGCAGGAGAUCAGCUAGGAGCCUUAAUUAAAGGUACAAAACGUGAUGAUUUGAGACGUGGAAUGGUGUUGGCUAAACCAGGAACUGUCAAAAUGCAAGACUUUGUAUCCACUCAGGUGUAUGUGUUAAAUAAAGAAGAAGGUGGAAACGGUAAACCACUUGUACCUUUCCAACAAAUGCAGAUGUAUUCAAAGACUUGGGAUUGUGCUUGCCAAUUAAACAUUGUUGGCAAAGAUAUGGUUAUGCCUGGUGAAGAUUGCUCUGUUGAAUUGAAGAUGAUUAGACCCAUGGUUCUAGAAAAGGGACAACGAUUCACAUUACGUGUGGCUGGUGCUACAGUUGGAACUGGAGUAAUUACUGAAAUUAAAAGAAGAUUAUUAGAUGAUGAAAGGCGAGGAUUAUUGGAAGGUAAGAAAGCCCGAGAAAAGAAAAAUGCUGCAUAAGUCAUUAGUAUUCUUCAACGACAUUGCAACUCCAGUAUGUACAUAAAGUUGUCAUUUUGUCUAUCUCUGUUCUCACAAAGUGCAUUAUUGAUAAUAUUGUAGUUUUAAUAUAUUUAAAUGUAAGCUCUAACAUACGUUUAACAGUUAUACUGUAUUUGAACGUAUUUGAAAAAUAAAAACAAUUUUAUUACAACAA